AUGGAGCCCGAACACGAGCAGCAUGGGCUGCUAAAAUCAGCAACCUUCAGGCAGGUCACGCAGCGGCACACACCUCAGCUGCCCUCCACCGAGGACAUUCUGACCAAGGUGUUUGGCACGAAGAACGCACCAACACAGCGCGUAUCAGAAUCGCUUGACUAUGAGCCGGUACAGAACAAGAUAUUCUACAAGCGGAUGAAGGCGGCCAAGGAGAAAAAGCACCUCUUCGGUUACACCGGCCACACCUUUGCCAAGUUCCUAAUCACGAUCACGUCCGGCCUGCUGACCGGCGUCUUCGCGGUCGCGCUGUCGCAGCUGGUGCACCACUCGUUCGAAUGGAAGAACGAGUACGUGCAAUCAAUCCUCGACGAGCCCGGGGAGGGGCGCAUAUGGAUCGCGUUCCUGUGGCACUGCGCAUACAGCUGCCUCCUGGUGUCCUUCGCAGUCGCGCUGGUCCAGUACUGGGCGCCCCAGAGCGCCGGCGCCGGCGUGACGCUCGUGAUGGCGUACCUUAACGGCAACCACGUCCCCAACCUGCUGCGCCUGCGCACCCUGGUGGCGAAGUUCGUGGGCACUGUGUUCUCAGUGGCUGCCGGGCUGCCGAUGGGGCCUGAGGGGCCCAUGGUCCACAUGGGGGCGUGCGUGGCGAGCGUCAUCACCUACGCGCAGUGCACUUGCCUGCGCACGGGCCGCUGGCUGAGCUGCUUCGGGCGGCGGCGGCUGAAGAGUCACGAGCAGCAGAUGCUGGAGAAGAUGAAGGUCUUGGACGACAUCGUCAGCGACUCUGGUGAGGGCCAGGGGUGA